AUGGGGGACUGCCUAGAAGCGCGUCAUCUACAUGAGCAAGUCGGGACCUUGGAAGUCGAGCCGGGCAUGCUUCAAGCCUGGUUGUCCCUCACACGGCAUCACGCUAUGAAUGGAGGCAGGCACUUUGCGCACCCCCGGAGGGCGAGCGGUACGGGGGCCAAGCAGGGCAAGCACAGACCUUCGCAACAGCUGCUGUCGGCACUGUCGGCUCGAGCUCUGAUUGCACACUUGUCUAUUCUUGUACGCCAUCCUCCUGAGGUCCUCGAGAAGAUGAAGAGCCGGGGACCCAGCUGGGCCUAUCGGGGCUUCACCCCAGUUGCCGCAGACGACCCAGGCCUCGAGCGCUUGGCUGCUGCCAAUAUAGGCCUGGACGAAAAGAGACGUAGACUUGCAUGGAACAUCAUGGAAGGCAAGAGUGGCAGGAGCGUGUCGGAUUUGCUGACAUGGAGUUGCGGUUUUUCAGAAGAUGCGCGCACCCUGAUGUCUUGUCGCCCCCAUCCUUCAUGA